ACAGAGAGAGAGACAGAGAGACAGAGAGAGAGAGAGAGAGAGAGACAGAGAGACAGAGAGAGAGGAGAGCGGGAUAUGUGCUGGUUGGACACUCCCUCACACCGUCAUUGUCGCCUGUUUCGUGUAACCGCAGCAGUCGCCACGGCGCUCUCUGUCGUCGUUAGGCGUGUCACCUACGCGCGGCUGUAUGUCACGCGACAGACGUGACCGCGCACUCGCGUCGUGUUUCCUGCUUUGACACAACAGUCGGCUACAGUAGCGAGGCAGCUUACCGCGUGCGUCGCCGUGGUGUGUGUGUGUGCGGCGGUGACGGUGUUGUUAGUUGACAGCCGAUAUUCGCUGUCAUGUCGGGGUUCGGCAGCGACGCGGUGCUGUGGUACAGCAACAUCGCACUGGUCGCCGUCUCCGGACUCGUCGUCAUCGUCAGCGUCGUCGUCGGCGUCGUCGUCGGCAGGUGUAAGGUGAACAGCGACUGUCGGUCGGUGCAGAAGUUCGUGCUGUCGCUGCUCGUCGAGGCGGGGAUCGGCGCGUUCCUUCCCGGGAUCAUCUACUCAUUCGUGCAGGUGAUGAAGUGGGAGUGGCUGCCGCAGCUAUGCGGGGGCCUAACCUGGAGCUUCACGGCUGUCGUAUUCCUACAGGCGGCGACGGCCGCGUCCGCCAUCUUGGAUCGAAUCUACGCCGUCCACUGGGAGUUCAGGUACAAGUACUUCGUGAAUCAGGCGCAGGCAGUGAGCAUCCUAGGCGCCGUGUCGCUGCCCACUAUCGCCCCCUACCGGACACUAGUGGAACAUGUCGCCAUCUGGGUACUGACGGCCAAGGGACUGCUGUUGGCGAUGAUUGUGAUUCUUGGCGAUUCUCGCUACAGGAGAUUUGCGUGUAGCUGUAAACGCAGGACCGCCAGCAGCCCAGGACGACGAAACUGA